CGUGUCUACUCGGCGUGAUUGGCAAAAGGAUCUGCUCAUAUACAGGCGAGAAAAUAGUAGAGAAUUUCAUUCGUGACUCGCGUACAAAAGGCUAAACGAUGAGUCGCGGCACAAACUCUGCAUACGACCGGCAUAUCACCGUUUUCUCUCCAGAGGGCCGUCUUUAUCAAGUUGAAUAUGCGUUCAAGGCCAUAUCCAAUGCCGGAAUCACAUCUGUUGGCGUAAGGGGGAAGGAUUGCGCUGUGGUUGUGACCCAGAAGAAAGUUCCAGACAAGCUUCUCGACCCUUCUACCGUAACCCAUGUUUUCCAGUUGACCCCGAGAAUUGGAUGUGUAAUGACCGGAUUGAUAGCCGACGCCCGCAAUCAAGUGAGUCGCGCGCGUAUGGAAGCAGCAGAGUGGCGGUAUAAGUUUGGUUAUGAAAUUCCGGCGGAUAUGCUUGCCAAACGUGUAGCAAACAUCAAUCAAGUGUACACGCAACAUGCGGCGAUGAGACCGUUGGGCGUUUCGAUGAUCCUAAUUGGUUAUGACGAAGAAAGAGGUCCUCAAGUGUUCAAAUGUGAUCCAGCAGGAUACUUUGUCGGUUAUCAAGCCACAUCUGCGGGAGCAAAGCAUCAAGAGGCUCUCAACCAUCUGGAGAAGAAGUUGAAGAAGAACCCUCAGCUGAAUGUUGAAGACACAGUUGAACUCGCGAUCACCACUCUAUCAACAAUCCUAUCUCAAGAUCUGAAGUCUGCAGAUAUUGAGAUCGGAAUAGUGAGCGAAAAGACUCCCCAAUUCCGGACUCUCUCAGAAAAUGAAAUUGAUGAACACUUGACUCGUAUUGUGGAGAAGGCAGAUUAGGCUGAAAUAUAUUAGUGCUUCUACAGA